AUGAAAGAUCAGUGUUCUUUGUAUCUUGACAUCAAACUGCAUUCAAUUCCAUUUUUGUCCUGUUGUAUUUUACGUUUUCAGGUUAAGUUGUGGUGUGAUUGUCCAUUCUGGAUAGAUGAUGGCAAGUGCCAUUUACGAGACUGCAAUGUAUGUGAAUGCCCAGAAAAAGAAUUUCCUGAGCCAUUUAAGGCACAAAGUCAUCAAUAUUCUUCAAGUAAUCUUGUCUGUCUAGAAGAAAAUCCCGAGGGAACUGUUGAUCGUACAAUAGACUCCAAAACAUUCAAAGGCUGGGUGGAAGUGGACAAUCCAUGGACUAAUGAUAAUGAGACAGAUAAUGCUGAAAUGACAUAUGUUAAUCUCCAAUUGAACCCUGAACGAUACACUGGAUACAGUGGUCCAUAUGCUAAAAGAAUAUGGGAUGCCGUUUAUCUAGAUAACUGCCCAAAAUAUCUAGCUGGAGAGAUUUGCCCCGAGAAAAAUAUAUUGUAUAAAUUAAUAUCUGGCCUUCACUCCUCAAUUUCUAUUCAUAUAGCAGCUGAUUACUUGCUUGAUGAAGCAUUAAACACGUGGGGACGGAAUCUUACUUUGAUGUAUGACCGUGUCUUAAAAUUCCCAGACCGUGUUGACAACCUAUACUUCACUUUCCUAUUUGUGCUCCGCGCGGUUACCAAAGCAGCAAACUACUUGGACGAGGCUUCAUAUGAUACUGGAAACCCUGAGGAUGACCUGAAAACACAAUCUUGGAUUGAGCAAUUGGUUUACCAUCCCAAACUGAAAUUUGCAUGUCCUUUACCUUUUAAUGAGGUGAGGUUGUGGAAAGGUAAAGGCGAGCCUGACCUGAUGCAGCAAAUUCAAAAGCAGUUCAGAAAUAUCAGUGCAUUGAUGGACUGCAUUGGAUGUGAAAAGUGUCGUCUUUGGGGAAAGCUUCAGUUUCUUGGUCUUGGUACUGCAUUAAAGAUCCUAUUUUCCGUCAAUUCUCAGGAACAUUUACAUAAAAUGUUUCAGUUUCAACAGAAUGAAGUUAUUGCAUUGAUUAACUUACUGAAUCGGCUUUCAGAAUCCGUUAUGCUUGUACAUGAAAUGUGGCCUUCACUAGAAAAGGUUAUGGGAAAACAAGUUUCUACACCUAGUGACCAACCAUCGAUGACAGGGGGUCAUGUAUAAGUAUCACAGUGGAGGCAACUCUGGUUUGCGCGCAGGUGUUAUUUUCCUGUUUAUUUUAAUGUGGUGAAAUUUAAAUUAUGAUUAGAAACUUGUAAGUCUUUACUCUAACUUUGAGACGAAGUUAUCUUCCUCAUGUACGAGUUAACGUUAGAAGUUUUCUUGUGGUACCGAUAAGAACAAGAAGUUUCUUGUGUCUAAUGAUUGCGACCACAUCAGGAUAUGAAGCUUGUGAACUG